AUGGCUUCCCGUCCCAUUAAUACGUGGUUCCUUCGAGGAGAAGGCUCAGCUUCCUUCCACGUCCCUCCAAUUAACCAGUCUACGCCCUCUUUCCACCACAAACAAGAGCCUCAAAGUCACGACACGAAGCCUUCUUCCCGCCCUCCGGACAUAGAGUCACCGAAGGAUCAGAAGACUCUUUACCCCGAUAACGAACAAUCGGCCGCCUUGGAUCUGGCGCCUCCGCCUGAAGCAACUGUGAUCAUAGAUUCGGACAACGAGUCCACAGUUUCCGUCCAUGCUGCCACCGAAAUCGAACUGGCCGCUUCAGGGUUCAAGCUCCCAAAAGGCCAGCCGAUCAGAAAGCUGGUAGAGCUAGAGCCAUUGGAUUGCGACUGCCUUCGAUGUGCUCGCGCUCUGGCAGAUUACAAACCCAAAGAUGGGCAGAGAUUUGCUCCACCGCUCUGCUGUUACAAAGUUGGCUCUUUCACGGGCAGCUGUACACGUUGCGUCUCUUCCCACGGGGAAUGCUUGAAAAUGCCUUACCGACACCACCGCUUGGUCCACCGAUUCCGGAAGCUCGCGACAGACGAAACCCUCCGCAAGACUCGAGAGUUCCGGAUCCUACGUUGGCGGGUGCGCCAGACCUUGGAGUCACUCAAGUCCAAGUCGAAUCAUCUCAAAUCUCAGGAGCAUCAGGAUGCCGAGGAGGAUCUUCGCUAUCGGCGCCAGCGAGAGGCUUGGCAAGACAGGGUCCAACUCGACAUCGCCAAUAGCCUUCAGCGAAUUGCUCAGUCUCUGGUGCGAGCCUCUGAGACCCGGGUGAGCCGAGUCCUUGGUGAGAAGGAGGCAGCCUCAGUGCCCGAUUUCGCUGACUUCAGGCCU